AAAGUAUCCUUUAUUUAAAAUAAAAUGUCUUCUUCAAGUUCGUCAAGGUCGCGAUCACCAAAGAAGAAUAAGAAAAGAGUAUAUGUUACAGGAUAUUCUCUUAAAGAAGAUCAACAUGACAUUAAAAAACUAUUCAAAAAAUUUGGAAAAAUUGAAGAAUUUGCUUGGAAAGGAAAAUAUUGUUUCAUUGUACUUAUAAUGAAUUAAUUGUAGGAAUUUAAAGACCCAGAAGAUGCAGAGAAAGCUGUUAAAAAAAUGAAUAAGGAAGAAGUAAAAGGAUCUGUGUUAUAGGUCGAGAUGGCUCGUGGAAAUAAGCCGAGCAAAAAUAACGGCCUAUGUUAUUCAUGCGGUCGCUCUGGACAUUUGUAAGUUUUACUAUAGCAUUCACUUUUUAUAUAUUAGAAUACGAUAUAUUUUUUAUUUAAUUCAUUUACCAUUUUAUUAGUGCUAAAAAUUGUAGACAUAGAUCAUCAUCAUCAAGUUCAUCUAGCUCUAGUAGGUAAAGAAUUAAACAUAAUAAUUUUUAGUGAGUCUAGAAAAAAACAUAAGAAGAAACAUAAAAAAAAGAGGAGCUCAUCCAGUUCAGAUUCCUCAUCAAGUAGUUCAUCUAGAGAUAAGAAAAAGAAUAAGAAGAAGAGUACAAAAAGGAAAUCAAAGUCCUCAUCAAGAGGCUCUUCAAAAGACUCAUAACAUUCAGAGUCUUCUGCCGGCUCGUACUUUUAAAGUUGAAUUCUGUUUAGCAUUAUUGACGAAAAAAAAGAAGAAAAAAACCCUAUUGAAGAAGAGAAUCAAGGAAAAGAAGGAGAUGGUAAGUAAUGAAGUACCCGUGAUGUUAUAAAUAAAGUUGGUGUCC